AUGUGGGAUGAUCUGUAUGAACUGAAGUUGGUGAAUGGUUGGCUCCUAGAUCGCAUCGCUGCUAGAUUCCCCUGUGGCGUCAGACAGUACACUAUGGUGGAGUUCAAUGACCCAAGUGUUGGCCCUGUUAGGAUAACAUAUUCAAAAGACGAGUUUUCCUAUUUCUUCAAUAACCUCGUGGCCAGUGGAGGAGGCGACUGUCCAGAACUGGCUAUAGCGGGACUGAAGCUGGCUUUGGAGAACUCGCCAGAUAAAUCUUUCAUUUUAGUACUGACGGAUGCAUCCGCAUUAGAUUAUAAUAAUGCUAGUCUUGUAAAUGAAGUAUACCGUCUUUUAAAUACAACCCAGUCACAGGUUUUCUUUGUGGCCACUGGUCUAUGCGGCUCUCUAUAUGAUUCAGAUUUCCUUAUUUACAGAGAAAUAGCAUCAAGGAGCUUUGGACAUGUCUUUCAAGUGUUUAAUUACUUGGACUUCACAUUGUCACAACCAAUAAACAAUUCCAAAGCUCUAUUCUCUGGAAACUAUGGAAAUGGGAAACAUUCCGAUAGUUUUCCAGUUUCUUAUAACUUCACUUCUUUAUUAGUGACUUCAGAUGGAGUGAUCACCACUUUUAAAAUAUCAGGACCUAACACCUCUAAAGAUGAUAUCAAAACAGUUGUGAAUGAGGCCUGGGGUGCCAUGUACAUCAUAAAAGAUCCUACUACAGGAAACUGGACCAUUGAGGUUGAAGGAAGCGAAAAAUAUUCUGUUCGAGUAUCAGGAUCUUAUGCUACUUCAAACUGCUCGAAAUGCCACCCCGAAGCUACCUGUGCAGACUACUUUGGCUACCUCCAAUGUUCCUGCAAGGACGGGUUUAUAGGAGACGGCUUUAACUGCUCUGAUGUUGAUGAAUGCGCCUAUUACUGGUCAAAUAAUUGUGGUUAUUACACUUGUGUAAACACAUAUGGUUCAUACUACUGCAUGUGUCCAUCUGGCUACCGCAAUGACAGUGGAGCUGGAUGUGUUGAUGUAGAUGAGUGCUCUAACCCUGGACUUAACACCUGCACUGUAAAUGCCACAUGCACCAAUUGA